GAAUUUUUAGAAGCCCUAGAAUAUGGGAUGCCGCCAGCAGGGGGAUUAGGGAUUGGGAUAGAUAGGUUGAUGAUGUUACUUACUGGUCAAAAUAGUAUCAAAGAAGUGAUUGCUUUUCCGCAGUUGAAGAAUAAAGAAAAUAAGAUUUAUUACCUUUCUCACAAUCCUUACAAAUUCCCUAAAAAUAACGGACAAGGAGAUUUUUUACCUCUCCCGAAAAGAUUUGCCGAAAUAAUUACUGAAUUUAAAGAAGAAGUAAACAAGCAAAAACAAAGUGAAAGACCCGAAAGUGAACGACAAGCAGCCAAAGAAAGAAUAAAUGAAAUCUACCAAGAAAUUAAAAAAAUUAUCCAAGAGAGAAUAACCGACCUGGAAAAUUAUCAGAUAGAAAUUGAAGAUAAUGAAAUAGAGGAAGCCGAAACCAAAAACCAGCAAAUUGAAGCUCUAAUUAAAGAUAUUCAAACUUUUUUCCAACAAGAGUAUAAUUUCUUGUCUGGCCCCUCCAU